CCAGAGGUGGAGCAGGUUCUAAGUUAUAAGUCCAGGCGGCUGUUUAUAAUUCCUCCUCGAAGUCUUUGGAUCAUUUUGCAACUUGCUCCGCUCCGCUUCACCACCAGACCCUUCAAACUACCUUCAGCUUGAAAGAAAACACUUCAACGAUGUGUGGAAUUUUCGCCUACCUGAAUUACAGAGUGCCGCGGACGAGGGGGGAUAUCUUUCAGACCCUCAUAAAGGGACUUCAAAGGCUGGAGUACAGGGGUUAUGACUCUGCAGGUGUUGCAGUAGAUGGCUCAGUUAAAGAUCAUGCUGCUAGUAUCAGCCUCUAUAAGAAGACAGGGAAGGUGAAAGCGCUUGAUGAAGAGAUCUACAAGAACAACUCCAUCGAUUUCGAGGCAGAACUGGACACACACUUUGGCAUUGCACACACUCGCUGGGCCACACAUGGAGAGCCCAGUCCUCUCAACAGCCACCCUCACCGAUCUGACAAGAACAAUGAAUUUGUUGUCAUCCACAACGGCAUCAUCACAAAUUACAAGGAGCUGAAGAAGUACCUGGUUUCCAAAGGCUACGAUUUUGAGUCGGACACAGACACAGAGGUCAUCCCUAAGUUGAUCAAGUAUCUCUACGACAACCGCGAGAACGAUUAUGUGUCCUUCUCCACCCUAGUGGAGCGCGUCAUUCAGCAGCUGGAAGGGGCAUUUGCUCUGGUUUUCAAAAGCAUUCAUUUCCCAGGAGAGGCCGUUGCCACCAGGAGGGGCAGCCCGCUGCUCAUCGGUGUGCGCAGUCAGUAUGAGCUUUCCACAGAGCAGAUCCCUGUCAAGUACAACUGCGGUAAUUCCAGGAGAGAUGAACAGGAGAAAAACUUACUGAACCGAAGGGGCAGCGCCAAUGCCUUGCACUCAGUCCAUGACAGACUGGCGGUGGAGUUUUACUUUGCAUCUGAUGCCAGUGCCAUUAUUGAGCACACCAACAAGGUGAUUUAUCUGGAGGACGAUGAUAUUGCUGUAGUGGUGGAGGGGAAGUUGUAUGUGCAUCGUAUUAAGCGUACAGCAGGCGAAGACCCCGUCCGUGUCAUUCAGACCCUACAGAUGGAGCUCCAGCAGAUCAUGAAAGGUAACUUCAAGGCUUUCAUGCAGAAGGAGAUCUUUGAGCAGCCAGAAUCUGUCGUCAACACCAUGAGAGGCAGAAUAUGCUUUGACAGCAACACAGUUAUUCUUGGUGGCCUUUCUGACCAUCUAAAGGAGAUCAAGAGAUGCAGACGCUUGAUUGUGAUUGGCUGUGGAACCAGUUACCAUGCAGGAGUGGCAACACGACAGAUCCUUGAAGAGUUGACUGAGCUUCCUGUUAUGGUCGAGUUGGCCAGUGAUUUCCUAGACCGCAUCACACCCGUUUUCAGAGAUGAUGUCUGUUUCUUCAUCAGCCAGUCAGGUGAGACAGCAGACACUCUGAUGGCAUUACGCUACUGUAAGCAGCGCGGGGCACUGACUGUGGGCGUCACCAACACUGUUGGCAGCUCCAUCUGCAGGGAGACUGACUGUGGAGUUCACAUCAAUGCUGGGCCUGAGGUUGGAGUCGCCAGCACUAAGGCCUACACUAGUCAGUUUGUGUCUCUGAUCAUGUUUGGCCUGAUGAUGAGUGAAGACAGGCUUUCAAUGCAGCAGAGAAGACUGGAGAUCAUCAACGGACUCAAAAAACUGCCAGAGCUGAUCAAGGAAGUUCUGGCUCUUGAUGACCAAAUCAAAAGCAUUGCAGAUGAGCUCCACCAUCAGAGGUCUCUAUUGGUCAUGGGUCGAGGCUAUAACUAUGCCACCUGCCUAGAGGGGGCACUGAAAAUUAAAGAGAUCACGUACAUGCACUCAGAGGGCAUUCUGGCUGGAGAGUUGAAGCACGGCCCAUUGGCGUUGAUUGACCAUGCCUAUUGA